AUGAGCUCCGAGUGGGACGAGACGUGCCUCGUGUGCUGCACCAAGACCAAGAACCGGUGCAGCAAGUGCGCCGAGGCCGGCAUCGACCUCUUCUUCUGCUCGCCCGACCACCAGAAGCUCGUCUGGAACGUCCACAAGCGCGUGUGCGGGCCGGGCAAGUCCAACCCGUUCCUGUGGCCGCUCCUGUCGGACGACGAGCUGCCCGAGAUGCUCGCGCACAUGAACGAGACGACCGGCUACUUGGUCGGGUGCGAGCCAGAGUGCAACACGGUCGCCAAGGCGCUGCAGCACGAUUUCGCCCUCCCGCCUGACAGCGUGACCCUGCUCAUCACGAGCUGCGCGCAGAGCGCGCACCCGAACGCCAGCGACCCCGGCUCCCUCGCGGUCCAGCUCGUCGUCGCCACGAUCCGCGCCCUCGAGUUCGCCCGCACGGGACAGACCGUCGUCGAUCUCGAUCUCGCCCAGUUCAUCCCACUCUCGUCCUCGUACCCGUGGAACGCGGCCUCGGUGUGGGACGUCAACGAGGCUCACGACCCGUCGACGGCGGGGCUCGAGCAGGGCACCGAGCCCUGGCGCACCAAGCUGCGCCACUACUCCCUCGCGUACAACACGGUCCUCGCCAUCGUGUACGCCGACGAGCGCACUGAGCUGGCGCGCUCGUUCGGCAAGCACCUCCAGCGCAUCGUCGACUCGAUUCGCACGUCCGUCGCCCCGUCGAACCCGACGCUGGCCACCAAGCUCCUCGAGAGGAUGGAGCUCAGCGAUGGGGUGGCCGACGUCAUACGCAGUUGCCUGAGAAGCUCGUAG